UGAAGACACAAGCUUUAAAUAUAGUGCGGUGUUAAAAAAUAUCAUAAUUUCGAAUAUUACCGUAUCUGAAAAGUGGAGAAAAAACAAUAAAAAUACCCCGGUUGCAUAAGAAGUGUCUAAGAAAUUAUUAUUAAUCUAGUUGAUGACGAUAAUCUGUUUUAAAUGGCUUUAGAAUAAACCUGAAUCCACCCAGACCUUUCUAUAUAAGACUCAACCAAAGCAGCAGAGCAAUUCAGUCUACCAAACCAUUCCGUAGUGAAAUAUAAAUUUAAUCUUAAAGUGAUAUAUCUAUUCUUGGACUAACUGGAAACCAAAGCAUGCUGACGAUCAAUUUACUGUUGGCUGCUGGGCUACUUUUUUGGAUUUACUUCUUAUGGAGCCGGCGACGAUUGUAUAUGUUAAUGCUAAGGAUGCCAGGACCAAUAGGUUUGCCUAUCCUUGGCAGUUCCUUGGAAAAUAUAAUCACAUUUAAACGAAAAAUAAGUUUUCGAGGCAAGUACUUGGACAAGUACGGUUCGACGAUUUUAACUUGGAUGGGUCCUGUGCCAUUUAUGGUGACACGAGAUCCAAAGAUCGUCGAGGAUGCCUUUACUUCAACGGAUUGUCACAACAAGAGCUCUCAUGUCGCUGAUGCAAUAACCACUUGCAUGGGCUUUGGUUUGUUGGGAUUACAAGAUCCAGAGUGGAUUGACCGUCGGAAACACCUUAAUCCUUCAUUUAAACAAGAUAUCCUGCUAAGCUUUUUUCACAUUUUCGAUACCGAGACAAAAACCCUUAUGAAAUUGCUAGACUCUUAUGUGAAUCAGGGCGAAAAGGAUUUGGUUCCAGAUAUGCUUCGAUGGUCUUUCAGAAUAGCUGCUCAAACCACAAUGGGCUCUGAUGUAAAAGACGAUGAACACUUUAGGAACGAUAGCCUAGUGGAAAGCUUUGAAUCCCUCAUUUGUCUAACGACUCUUAAUAUUUUAAUGCCCUUGGUUCAAAACAAACUCAUUUCCAAGAUAUGCGGCUAUGAAACGCAGCGAGCAAACAAUCUUUCAAAAAUUCAUAAAAUGCUGGACAACGUGGUUAAGAAAAAGAUAGACACAACGAUCGAAAGACAUUCAGAUCCCGAGGCGAACAUUGUGAUUAAUCGGGCAAUAGAAUUGUAUCGCAAAGGCGAUAUUGCCUAUAAAGACGUUAAAAGUGAAUGUUGUAUUAUGAUAGCUGCUGGUUAUGAUACAUCAGCUCUGACAGUGUACCAUGCCCUCUUUCUUCUGGCCACACAUCCCGAGCAUCAGGAUGCUGUUUUUGAGGAGCUAAAUGCUGUUUUCCCAACUGCUGGAGACUUUGAAAUAGUCUACUCAGACUUGCAAAAACUGGAAUACUUGGAACGCGUGAUGAAAGAGACCCUACGCUUGAUACCAGCAAUUCCAAUAACUGCGAGGGAGACAAAGCAAGAUGUCCAGCUUUCUAAUGGUCUACUCAUUCCCAAAGGAGUCGUCAUAGGAAUAGAUAUAUUCCACACUCACAGAAAUCCGGAAGUCUGGGGACCAGAAGCUGCUUCAUUUAAUCCUGAUAACUUUUUGCCGGAAAAUAUUGAGAAAAGACACCCAUAUGCCUUCGUUCCCUUUGCCAGAGGAAAAAGGAAUUGCAUAGGAUCAAAAUAUGCAAUGAUGUCUUCAAAGUUCGCUUUGGCCAGGAUACUCAGGAACUACCAGAUAAACACAAGUUUUCCCUUUAAGGAUCUAGUCUACGUUGAUAAUAUGACAAUGAAACUAGCCAAGUAUCCACGACUGGAACUUCAACGAAGGACUUAGGGAUGUGUGUCUCCAGAAGUUUAUAAUUUUUUUUUCAUUUUUUUUUUUUUCUUUACACUAAUUUGCAGUUCAGUUUAUUUAAAGAUUGUAAAAUUGUAAAAUUUGGUCUAAUAAAAAUUACUUUUGUCUAUA